AUGGUCAACAAGCUUUGCCCUGAAACAACAGCGUUGAUUCGUUUGUACAAAAAUGAAACUGAACUGAGCUAUAGAAAAAUUGCUGCGCGAUGUGGAGUGUCUAAGUCAGCUGUUCAUAAAAUCUGCAACACGAAAUUGCGUCGGAAGUUGGUGCCUAAAAUUUCAAAUGGUAGAGUUGGACGACCAAGAUGUCUUAACGAAAGGGAUGAAAGAUUACUAUUGCGAGCUGUUAAGACGUUACGAAAGACGUCAGUGAACUUCUCCGUGAAAGAUGUUAUACAGGAAAGUGGACUGGAUCCAAGCAUUGCAAAGCGAAGGACAAUUUCUCUUUAUCUUAAUCGUGCCGGUUAUCACCAUUUACAAGCAAGAAAAAAAGGAUUAUUAAGUGAAUCUGACAAAAAAAUUCGAACCAAAUAUGCACGAAAUGCCAAAAAAUUACUUAAAGACUCUCCUAAGUUCUACACACAUGACAUCUCAUUCUAUCUAGACGGCAUUUCAUUUGUUCACAAAUACAAUCCACUUAAAACAGCCCUGCAACCGAAAUCGCGUGUGUGGAGAAAGCGAGGUGAAGGACUAGAGAUUACAAGUAAAGGAAGUAAAGAUUUGCCUGGAGGAAGGCGAUUGCAUCUCAUGGUCGCCGUUGCGUAUGGUAAAGGCGUAAUUUUAAGAAAGGCAUACGAGAAAAUGGACGGUCCUUUUUUUGCAGGUUUCGUGAAAGAAAACCUAAACUUGUGCUUCGCUAAAGCUGGUCCAAGGAGAGGAAGGCAGCGCAUAUUUGUCAUGGACAAUUGCCCCUGCCAAAAUAGCAAAGUAGCCUUAUUAGCCCUGGAUAGUAUUGAAUGCACACGGCAUAAAAUACCAGCGAGAUCUCCUGAUUUAAACCCGAUUGAAAACAUUUUCCAUGUAGUAAAGAAGCAGCUAGAAGAACAAGCCAUAAAUAUGCGAUUGUCAAAGGAAUCAUUUCAGAAUUUUCAUGACAGAGUAUGUCGCUGUUUAGAUAACUUAAGUGUUGACCUUGUUGAUCGGACACUCGAAACUAUGUCUAAUCGCAUUACCGCGAUACUAAGGGAAAAAGGAAUUAGAUCAAAAUACUAA